AUUCCAUUCCUGUACUUUCACAAAAUAAUUUCCUUCCGACCUGUGCAGUCUGCCCUGCGCCUCCUUUCUCUCUACCCAAAUCAGCUAAGCUCUUCAUUUUCCAGUUUCUUCCAUUUUCCUCAAAACUCAAUCAAAGAAGAAAGUAUACAAGAAAAAGCCUUUUGGAGCAAUAAACUUCUAGCAACCUUGCAAUGGCUGGAAGAAUUAUCGCCCAAAUUCUAGUGAUGGGCUCUGGGAUAUUAGUUAGGGCUUUUGCUCAAGCUUAUCGUCAAGCUCUUUCUAAUGCCUCGAAAACUGGUGCAGCUCAGGAAGCAAUGAACAAUACCGUACGCAGAGCAAGUAAAGCCAUCACAGAACAAGAAGCAAGGCAGAUUCUUGGCGUUCCUGAGAAUGCGGCCUGGGAAGAUAUUUUGAAAAAAUAUGAUGUUUUGUUUGAGAGGAAUGCCAAGCAAGGGAGCUUCUACAUCCAAUCGAAGGUCCAUAGAGCAAAGGAGUGUCUAGAAGCGAUACAUCAAAGCAAAGGUCAAGGUUCCGCCAAUGGGUAACUUGAACUUGUUGUACAUAAAGAGAGUAUCAUCUUGAUAAUUAGAAUAUGAAUUUUUAACAUAGUGUUUGUUCAUUUUUGGUCCUUGGCCGUUUCUGGCCCCACCACCGUCUCCUCUACCUCUAUGCAACGAGAUAUUGUUUGUUUCAUAAAAGUUUUUGAAGCAUCACAUGAGUAGUUACAAUUGUGUUAA